AAUUUCCUCCGGCAAGCAGAGAGUCAGGGUGGAUAGAAUAAGAAAAUGGGGAUUUCAGAUCUGAAAAUUUGGAUCCCUGACGUUUGUUUUCUGAAUUCAAACAAAAAUAACAUAAAUACAUAAGAAGAAGUAGUUGGCAGUUAGGUAGUUGAGAUCGUUGUGAUAGAAAUCAGAAAGAAUCAUAAAACAAUGUCAGAAGAAGAAUUACACUUACCUCGUGAAUGCUGGGAAUUGGUAUUCAAAUUCCUCAAACCCAUUCCUCAUUUCGAACCUCUCUCCCUUGUCUCAACCCAAUUCCUCUCCGUCACCAACCUCCUCCGAACCUCACUUACCAUAUCCAACCCUACGCUUCCCUUUCUCCCCAACCUCUUCCGAAGGUUCCCAUCCAUCACCUCCCUUCAUAUCACGCGCCUCCACCAUUCCCACCUCCACACGCUCCUCCUCCAGCUCUCACGCGCCGCCCUACCGCUCCAAUCCCUCAACCUCUCCGGCCACCCCUCCCUCCCCUCAAAUGGGUUGCGCGCGUUCGCCAGAAAGAUCCCAACUUUGCAAUCCCUCACCUGCUCCCACAUGGCUUGUCUCCGAAACGCCGAUCUCCUUCUAAUCGCUGAUUGUUUCCCUUUCCUCGAACAUCUCGACCUCAGUUUUCCUGAAAAUAACGACAAUUCAACCGACCCAGUUUCCGAUUUCGGCGUAAAGGCUCUCUCUUUGGCCCUCCCCAAGCUCCGUAGCGUUAACCUCUCCGGCAAUUACUUCAUCAGCGACACUUCCAUUCUCAGUCUCUGCAAGAACUGCGAGCUUCUCGAGGAAAUUGUAAUCUUCGAGUGCCACUUCAUCACGCAGCGUGGCAUCGCUUCCGCGAUUCGUGAAAGACCGUGUUUGCGUUCUUUCUGCGUUAGCAAUUUCGGGUAUGGAACAAAGAAGGGUGACAUUGCCAGACCCUAUGUGACUUCUGAUUUCAUCAGUGCGUUGGUGGGUUUGAAGGGCUUGACUUGUCUAGAUUUGUCGUAUUCUUCUAUCUCUGAUGAGUUGCUAUGCUGUGUUGCGGAGGAAGGGAUUCCUUUGAAGAAGCUUGUUUUACAAGGUUGUUGUAACUACACUUACGUUGGAGUGUUGUGCUUGUUGUCCUCAUGUCAGUCAAUGGAGCAUUUGGAUCUUCAAAACAACGAGUUUCUUUGUGAUCGGCGUGUGGAAGUGUUGUGUGAGUUUCUUGGGAAUUUGGUGUCUAUAAAUGUCAGUGGUUGUAGGACAUUAACCGAUUUAGCUUUGCUUGCACUCAUUAAGAACUGUCCUUUGUUGAAUGAGAUCAAAAUGGAGGCAACAGAUGUUGGGAAGAAGGGGGUCGAUGAGGAGUUGGUGAAAGGUAUUGUGAAUUAUCGAGUGAAGUCUCUCUAUUUGGGAAGAAAUUCGUGGUUGAGGGAUGAAAGCGUUGAAAUGAUUGCUUCUGUUUGCCCGAGUUUGGAGGUGCUCGAUUUGAGUUCUUGCUGUGAAAUAUCUGAAGGUGUUGUUGAGGUUUUGAGGAGGUGUAGCGAGGUUAGGAAUUUGAGCUUGGCCUUUUGUUCAGGAGUGAAGUUAAAAGGGCUGGAAUUUGAAGUUCCAAAACUAGAGGAGUUGAACUUGUCAGGAUCAAGAGUUGAUGAUGAAACACUUUCUGUGAUCUCAAAGUGUUGUCGUUGGUUGCUGCAUUUGGACUUGGAAAAUUGCUAUAAGGUCACAGCCAAUGGAGUUAGGGAAGUGGUGGAGAACUGCAGGCGAUUGAGGGAGAUUAAUUUGGUGUCUUGUUGUGAAGUGGAAGCUAGUGUUGUAGCUUGGAUGGUAUUUUCAAGGCCAUCAUUGAGAAGGAUAAUGGCCCCUCCGAGUUUUGAUCUUAGUGGUGGCCAGAGGGAAUUUCUUUUGCGUCAUGGCUGCAUAGUUAGCUUGUAAUGUGUGUGUGUGUAUGUUAUAGGUCUGCAAUGAAGUCUGGAAUGGAGAAUGUUUUUGCUUCUGUGAGAAAUUGAAGUUGGAUAAAGAAGGGAGAAGAUGAAAAUCGUUGUUUUAAUUCAUUGUAUUUGAGUGUUUGAUUAUAUGUAAUUGUGUUUGGCUUUUUGUUUUCCUUUUGUUUUUGUUCUGAUAAUGUUGUAACCAUUAUAAGGUGUGAUGUGAAUAGCAUACGUUGUAAGUAGUUGGAGUUCAGUGUUACAAACGAACACAUCCAGAUUCUAUUAAUUGUAAGCUUCUGGGUUAUGCUUAUUUGUCUUGCUUAGAAUUCUAUUACUCCAUCAAUCUCU